AACAAAAUUAAAUCAGCUCCGCACGCUCUGUCCCUCGUCACUAGCCGUAGGUACGUCAUCCAAACAAGCCGACCUGAGCAGCAUGGAGGAGCCCUCUCUGAAUCAUUUUUGACCUUCUAAAAUUAUUCCUUUCAGUGAGUUUCGGGUUGAAUAGAGCUCUCCAGGAUGUCGGUCAAGCACGCAUCAGUCCAUGCGAAAUGGAUCAUCGGCAGAGUAAUAGGCACCAAGAUGUACAAAACUGCCAAAGUGAGAGUCACAAGGCUGGUGCUGGACCCUUACCUGCUCAAGUACUACAACAAGAGGAAGACCUACUUUGCCCAUGAUCCCUUGCGACAGUGCACUGUGGGAGAUAUCGUCCUUCUCAAGGCUCUGCCUGAGGCCAGGUCCAAACAUGUGAAGCAUGAACUGUCUGAGAUAGUAUAUAAAGUCGGUCGGGUGGUCGACCCACUGACAGGAAAGCGCGUUGCAGGAACUGAGUUUGUGGAGCCUCUGACUGACCUUCCACUCAGCGCGGAAGAGGACACAACCUUAUUGGAAAAACUGCAGGAGCUCAACAUCUCUGCCGCCUCCAGUGGAGCCGAUUCCCCACCAGCACAAACUCCCACUUCAUGAUAGAAAACUGCAGUCUUUUAUGCAGCAAUGUUAGCUUGAAUGUCACUCUGCAAUCACAUUUCUGUUUCAGGUGUUCAUGUAAAUAUAAAUGUAUAAACCAGUAAUCAAUAUAUAUCAAGUAAUGGGGAGAGCCUAAAUACAUUUUCUUUGCUACCUGCUCAGGUAGCUUUGAAUUCAAGACACAUUUCUGAGGAAUUUACAAUAAAAUAACAAUGAGAACA